GCCGCCUUAGCAUCAGGUGGCAACCGUAUCAUUCAUCAGCCUGUUUACACCAUCAAAACAAUUCGUAUUAUUAUUUAAAGCAGCCCAAAGUUCAAUGUUAUUGAGAUCUGCACAGAGGAAACUGGAUCAGCAGCUGGGGGCACAGCAAUAAGUAUGAACUAGUGACUAGCGACCCGAGAUGGCGGCGAUAAAGAACAUCACCCUGGGCAUUAUGUAUGGCCUGUGGGACAGCAUACGUGGCAUGACUCUGGUCCUGCACAUAGACGACGAGGUCAACCGACAGAAUGCAGAGUUGGAACUUCGGCAGAAGGAUCGCUAUGAAAGGGCCAAGAGAUCCCCGUCGCCUGUACCCAGCUCGGCGGCUGCCAUGAUCAGGGAGGAAUACGCAAAGCGUGCAGAGGAGAACUCCGACGAGCGCAGUUUGCAGAAGAUGCUCAACAAGAAACCCGCCGCCAAGGAGCAGCACCCCCAGGGCGAGAAGAAGAUAGCUAAGAAGCUGUUCAAGUGCUGCAUGCUGAACGGCGGCUUCACCUGGCUGAGCAUAGUCCUGUUUGAGUCAGCCCUGCUGCCCGCUCUCAAGUUCUGUCUCACCAUUUUCUACGGAGCCCAGUCGGAAACAUUGCCUGUGGUUUGGGGCUGGCUUCAUCCUAUUCUGUCGCUGCUUUUCGGCAUGAUGUGGGUACUGCCCAUCUUUAUGCUGUCGAAGAUUGUCAGCUCACUGUGGUUCGCAGACAUCGCCAAUGCCGCCUAUCGGGUUCGCAAGGGUCGUCCACAGCUCAUACCCGGGAUCAGCAAGCUGGUGGCAGACUUCCUUUUCAGCAUGGUAGUUCAAGUACUGUUCCUGGUGCAGAGUAUGCUGGUCAACCUGGUGCCAGUUAGAUAUGUGGGGUCCUCGCUCUGCUUCGUCCACCUGUGCCUUCUCUACUCGCUGUACUCUUUUGAGUACAAGUGGUUUAACAUGGGUUGGGAGCUACACCGCCGGCUCACCUACAUUGAAAAGAACUGGCCGUAUUUCUUCGGAUUCGGCAUCCCGCUGACAGUGCUCACAAACCUAUCCAGCUCGGUGAUUGUCAGCAGCUGCAUCUUCUCCAUUUUCUUUCCUCUAUUCAUACUCAGCGGCAAUGAGGCAAAGCCCAUUGUGGACACCACUGAGGUCUCGCUGCGUCUCUUCUCCCCGGUGGUCUUCAUCUCGAACCUUUGCUUCGGUGGCAAUCCGUGGAGCAAGGCCAAUCGCUUGAGCGCAAUGCAACGGCAGCAAUAUGAGCUGCAGCAACGUCAGCGACAGCUUCAGAAGGAGGAGCAGCUGUUGAAGCAGCGUAAGCAGCAAUAUCUCCAGCAGCAGCGCAUGCAGCAGGAGCAACAAAUGCGACGGGAUAGGUCCCAUUCAAGAUCGCAUACUCCCCAGCUGGGUUCACACCGAUAUGCCCAGGCGCCCGUAUUCGAUGCGGGACGGGUGCGCGAUUCCUCCGCUUCAUCUACACAUAGCUCGACCUCGCCGAGCAUCAGCAGCCAUCGGCCGCCGCCUUACUAUGGGAACUCCUUGCGCGGAGCCGCACCGCUGGUGCCAACACCUGUGCCAGGAGCACCCAAAGCGCCCCUAACUCCGCCGGUGAUACGGCAGGAGUCGGGGCCAGACGACUGGAAUUUGUGAGAUUUGUGCUUAUACACUCAACGUAGGCUCUAGCUAUAUAUCUACAUAUAUAUAUAUGUAAUUCGAUCGUGUUAUGAACGUAUCAUUUACCUUUCUAACCAUCGUGAACUGUGUAAGUUAAAGAUAACUCUAGGUCUACGCAUAAUGACAAUGUUCGCUAGUCGACACCGCCACCGCCACGACUAUAUAUACAUAUAUAUACUAAGAAUCGUAUAUGUUUAAAUGCGGCUCGCGCAACAGCUGCAUAAUCGUUUAGAUGUUUAUUUUAGGCGGCGUUUUUCUCUUUGAUUUUUUGCUCGUAGGGUCUAUACUCUACAUUUAAAAUUGCGACGGGCGUAAAGUUCAUUAAGUGUAUAAUUAAUUAAUCAAAAUAAAAAUAGUUUUGUACUUUCGUCUAACA